AUGGCGAUCUUUGUUUGCUAUGUUAUCGGCCUUGAUCGUUUCAUGACGUUAACUUUUCCAUUAGGUCAAGAAAUAUUUCGGCUUGAAGUCUUUCCGAGAACGGAGCUGACACUGGAGGCUGUAGAUAACAGUCUGAGUGACAUCAGUCACUUCCGGUAUGAGGAAGUUGACAGCAAAACUGUGGCAAUCAAAAUAGCAAAAUCACUGGACGACUUAGUGGACAGGGGAGGCAAUGAAGACAAUGCCUUUGUUUUAUCAGAUCCGAUAGAAGGCAUUCUAGUCGUAAAUAAGCCUCUAGACUUUGAUAAAGGAGUACGAGAAUUCAAACUGGAGAUACAAGCUUCGGAUCACGGUUCUCCUCAAAGUUUGAGUACUAUUACAACUAUGACAAUCAGGGUGAAGGAUGCCGAUGAUCAGAAUCCCGUUUUUACCCAAGAAACUUACAAAACUAGUGUCACAGAAUCUCCCAUUAUUACGGGAGCGCAGAUUCGUCAGAAGUUGAACAUUGAUCCACCAAUCCACGCUUAUGAUCAGGACAUUGGAAUCAAUACCCCUGUUCGAUAUAAAAUCAUCUUAGGAAAUGACCACGGAUUCUUUGAACUUGAGGAACAAAUAGGAGACUUGUACCUAGUGAAAGAAGUCGAUCUUGAAAGUCUGCCCAAUCCAGUAUUAAACCUUCAGA